AUGACAUUCAAUAAUACUGAACAAUUAAAUAGUUUAAAUGAUCAGGAUAUUCUAUCUAUAAAUAAAUUACCAAUUCAUGAUAGAUUUGAAUAUGAGAAAAAUCCUUGUAAUUUAUCUUUGAAAUUAAAGAAAAACAAUUUUAAUAGAAAAAUCAAAAGUAUAUCUUCAGAUGUUUGUACAUCAUCAAGUAUUAGUAAAGAAAAGAUAAAUAAAAAUUCAACUGACAACAUUGAUUAUGAAGAGAAUAUCAAUACCAGUGAAAGAAUUCUACCUUAUGAAACAGAUAUUAUGCAAACAACAUAUUCAAGAGAUUUUGCAAAUAAACUACCUUCUACUUUGAUAGCAUUACGACCACGAUCAACUAGACACGCUUUUAUAGCUCCAACAUGUAAAUCUAUCUCUACACCAAACAGUUGUCGAACUUUGAAUGAUUUAGAAAUACUGAAUUCAGUUGACGGCCCAUAUCAGAGUACUUAUUCAACAGAUUAUGUUGGAUGCUGGACUCCUCAACCAGAUUCUCCGAUUAGAACAGCUACUUCAAGUGGGACAAGAGCAAAUAAACCUCAUCCAAGAAAGGACUUUUUAACUUAUCGAAAUGAGAUGAAUCAAAUGUCAUAUUUAGAUCAACCAAGCUCUCCUGUAUCGACAGUUUCUGAGUCACUGACACAAAGAAGCAAAACAUUUUGUCCUCAUCGUCAUUCAGAGAAAGAUUUAAUUCAAACAUUGGUAUAUAAUCAACCAAAAGUCUUUCAACGACUUAGCAGAGAACAAUAUAGUUUUUUGAAUCAAAUACGCUUUAAAAGUACAUAUCAAGACUCUUUCAAUCUACUUAAUUGUUGUAACCAACUGAGAAAUAUUGAUCAAGACUGCAUGAAACCAGUACAUGAAAUCUAUGAAGUUAAAACCGGCCAUCCAUUAUCUCUUACUCAUUUGGACUUUGCUAAACCGUCAUGGAAAUGUCAAAACAAUUCAACUUUUAAAGAUGUCGAUGAAAAGUUUUUAAAUGCCAAGUUGAAAUUAACAGUUCCUUGUACACGUUAUGGUUCUAACAAAAAUCAUAAUAGAAUCACGAGAGGAAUAAAUAUGAUGUAUACUAUAAUAUAA